UAACGUCCCCUCUUUUACGUCCAUCAUAUUAAAAUUGAUUAGAAAUUUUAGACGCCAAAAAGUAUUAAAUGUCAAUUAUUAAUGAAAUGACUUUAAAGGUUUAAUCAGUCAUAUGAGUUUAUAUCCAAAACCAACAUGCUCACUUUAAAGGUUUAAUCAGUCAUAUGAGUUUUAACAUAUUGGCCGUCAACAAUAUGCUCACAUUUGUAUGAUUCACAUUACUCCUUCUCUUCUUCUUAUACAUCUCUUCUGAUAACCAAUACGGCUAUAAUAAACUAAACACUUGACUCCACCUCCUAUAAUAUUUUAGAACUAUAACAACGUAUGUAUUUGUCAACAUCUUCGCGCUUACUACGCCCCUAGUUUAUAUUUAAGCUAAUGAGGAUCUCUCGAUUGGUGUCAUAAUUAGAUGGUUCAUGUCUAUUUCAAGGCAUUUAUAUAACCAUUUUUAGACCAUAAAAUUUUUGAAAAAUUGAAACGUGUGGAGUCCAUCAACGAAACCCAUUAUUCUCUCUCAUAAUUUGCUUUUCUUUUUUUAAAUUUGUGCCUUUGACAACGUCCAUCUUGCGUGAAGUUUUUUUUUGUUGCAAAAAUUCACCAACUUAGACUUAAGACUCUGUUUGUUGAUCUUUAUUAUUCUUCAAAUGUGAGAUAAUUCUUUUUUGCUACAACCACCGUCAGAACUUUUGAUAAAAUGGAUCGUGGAGAACUGAGUAGAGUAUUUAAAAUGUUCGAUAAGAAUGGCGAUGGGAAAAUUGCAAAAAAUGAGCUGAGGGAUUUCUUCAAAAGUGUGGGUAUCCUUGUUCCCGAAAAUGAGAUUAAGGAGAUGAUUGCAAAGAUGGAUGUGAAUGGAGACGGUUUCAUGGAUAUAGAUGAGUUUGGGUCAUUGUAUCAAGAAAUGAUGGAAGAGAAAGAAGAAGAAGAGGACAUGAGGGAGGCAUUCAGAGUAUUCGAUCAGAACGGUGAUGGUUUCAUCACCGAUGAAGAGUUAAGGUCGGUUCUUGCAUCAAUGGGGUUGAAACAAGGAAGAACACUUGAAGGUUGCAGGAAAAUGAUUAGUAAGGUUGAUGUUGAUGGAGAUGGUAUGGUCAAUUUUAAGGAAUUUAAACAAAUGAUGAGAGGUGGUGGAUUUGCUGCUCUUAGCUCCAAUUAAACAUCUUUUCUCUUUUUUUUACUCAUAAUAAAUUUUAAUUGUUUAGAUAUUAAUACUAGUUUAUGGAAUUGUAAACAAUAAAAAGAGUGCAAGAAAGUUAGAAUUAUUUGCAUUAAAUGAAAUGUCUGAUGUUGAGUAUUAUACAACACUGUUUUCUUUGUUCAUUGAGUGAUCAUUAAAAACAAUUAUUAGCUUACAAGUGAUAGUUUAAAUUUGUCAGACAUUUUUUUUCAAGUGUAGAAUUAGCUUGUUUUUUGGUAUUCAAGAACUUUUGUGCCUAAUGAUUGUAAUAUUCUUGAGUUGGGACAAAAUCAUGUUUAAUAAGAACCUGAGUUUGAGUUAGAACCGAGAAUAUUAUGGAGCACCUCCUAAUAAUUUCUGAAUUAAGAAACUCAAAAAUCUAUAGAGCUAUAAAGAAGAAAUGCCAUAUCUGAAUCCGUGACGGUUAUACAGACAUGGGUUUGACUCUAUUAGCUUCCCCUGGGAAUAAGGAAAAUCUUUGGGCAUCCGUAGAUAUAAGUCAAGUUACCCAAUCAAUGGUGUAACGGCCCGGUUUCUGGCCCAAAUUUUUUUAUAAAGAAAUGGAUUUCUCUACGGCCCGUUUGACAAAAACCUAGGGUUCCUUCCUUCCAUCCUAUAAAAAGAGCUGCAGCCCCCUUCUUUUGUCUCAUCACAAAUCUGAAGCGAAGCUCUGCAGAGAAUUUCCGGAGGCCGAAAACCCUAGCCGUCGACCUCUCUCCCUUUUGCGCCGUCUCUCUCUUCUUCUUCUCUCCCUCUCCGUGAUCUCUCUCCUCUCUCCCUCCUCCUCGCCGGUGCCGUGUGGUGGUGGUGGUGGUGGUUGUAGCCGAUUGGCGGUGGUGGUCAGAUCUCGCCGCUCUCUUGUUGCCUUGUUCCAGAUCUGUUCAGAUCUCCUCUCCCUUGUCUCUUGUUUCUAGAUCCAGAUCCAGAUCCAGAUCUAGGUUAAGGUGGAGUGUCUCGAACCCAACUUCCUCUCAUGAUUCUGUGUACUCAUGUAUGUUGGAGUUAGGUUUGAUUAGACCCUGUUUGAGAGCUAGGAUGAUAGAACAUGGUUAUUACUAGGUUGAUAAAUGAAUGGAUCAUGAUGCAUAAGAACCCUCAUACUGUUAAAUAAGACUUAAUGAACUGAAAUUGAGUUGUGGUAGUGACGAUUGUUUGGUGAUUGAUGCUUGUAUGUUUGGAUGUGUAGCCCCAUGUGUUGUUGUGAUUAAAGCUAGGAUGCUAGAGAGAAGCGAAUGCUAAGAUGAUAGAUGAGUAUUGAUUGUUAAUGUUAUUGUAAGUAGAACUUGAGUGCGAUGUGUAUUGUGUGUUACACCGAUAACGGGUGGCGUCUAGUGAAUGAGUUCAAGUACAAGUCUAAGUGAAAAAGGAAAGUGAAUGAGAAUGGGAAGGGAUAAGUGAAAGUGAUAAGGAUGUGAAAGGAUAAGUGAAUGUAUAAGAGAAUAAUGUUAAGGUUAAGCAUGGGUUGGGAAAUCAUAUAGAGUCUAAAGGAAGUAUGUGUGGUAGUAGUUCUACGCUAGGUAUCCAUAGGAGAUGUGGCGAAUCCACAAGAAUAUGGAAGCACCCAUAGGAGAUGUGGCGAAUCCACAAGAAUAUGGGGUAGAAGCCUAGCGGGAGCUACCCAUAGUGAAAAGAAAAGAUGUGCCAACCGCGAGAGGCGGGAUAUAAAAACGUGCAUUGUAGAGUUCUUAGUUCAUGGUCGGGUAACGGGGUGUUAAAGGUGUCAUAGGAUUGAGUCGGUCUGGUAAGAUGAGUCGGUUAAGUCUAGGGUUUGACGUGUGUGGCAAUGAGUGAGAUCAUUAUAUUGAUUGAUCACUAGGUUGCUAGAGAUGUAUGAAAUUGAAUGUUUGGAAUUAAUGAUGAUGAUAUGAAAUGAUAAGAUGCAUUAACUGAUUGUAGUGGCUAGUCAGCCCUAGUUCCCGCAUAGAGUAGUAUAGAGUGUCAUGCGGGCAGGCUGGUCUAGAGUCACUUCACUGAGUAACUUGUUGCUCAUUCCUCCAUUUCCAUUUCCCUGUGCGCAGGACUGUAAGUAGAAGUAUAUGGAUGUGGGUGUGACGGUAUUUCAAAGAAGGUUAUGCGUCCGUCGACUCUUGGCACCAGUAACGGGACAUGUAGGGUUGUCUAAAUGAGUAGACACGUGUCCAUAACGCCCUUUCAAUACUCCGGUGGGACGCCGGGGGAUCGGGCCGUUACAAAUGGAGCCGAAGAAUCAAGUCCAUAAUGGCCGAGCUCUACCUUAUCUUCGUCUCUAGCCACAGAAAAAGAAAACCAACGUUUGCCUCCGGCCGGUGGUCCCUUCUCUCCUCAGCUCUGUUUCCCUUCUUAUCUUCCUUGGAUCUCUCUUGGGCGUCGUUAUGUUUCAGAUUCUGGGGGAACUUGUUACGAUCUGCUUCCGGAGUAUUUUUAAAAUUUUAAAAUAUAAAUUGCGGGAGAUUUAUGUAAUGAACCGGUUUGGUUUUGUUAAUUUUUAUAAUUGUAUUUAAACCAAGCAUUUUUGCCCUUACCUAAAUGUGAAGUGUUUAUUAUACCUAAAUAUAAAUUUAGAUAAUCGUGUGUGUUUCCCUUCGGCAGCCGUCGACAUUGAUGAAGAGAGAAAGCUUAACCUGUAGAAGCCGGAUAACCUGACUAAAAUAAACAAUAUAAUAAAAGCGAUACGUUAAGAAAAUAAACGAUUGUAAAGAGCGAAUACAAGAACGAUAAGAAAUCGUAUUCACAAAUGAACAUGGAGUCGAGAUAUAAUCUCUUUCCUUAAUUCUAAAUAUUGGCUCUGUUACUGAGACGGAACUGUACGAAUAUAGAAUCCCAGGAUACGACCAUGGCAGACGAAUCACCAUCCACUCGUGAUCUCCCUAUCGAACUAUAAACUCUACGAAACACUCUCGGAUUUAUGACUUACGCUAAGGGAUUUUUGCUGUUGGUUUCGAUGUGAAAAAAUGUUAGGGAAUGAAUGAAGAAGAGAAGCGAUAUUUAAAGAGACGGAGAAGACACACUUCCCGCAACAGUUGCUGAACGUGGGCGAGAAUCUCGCGGAGAUCGAGGAAAGUUGAGAAACUUAUUCCCCAAGACUCUCUCUUCUUAUCUUUUAUCUCGUUUAACAAUUUCGAGAAGAUAAAAUGCAUGACGUUUUUAUUUUCUAGACAAAUUACUUGUCGUUUUAAAUAAAAUUGUAUGCUGUUUUUUCCCGAAUUGAAUGGCAAAAUGUUGAUCGUUGGGCUAAAAAAAUCUUAUUGGGCCAGAGGCUCUCCACCAAACCAGCCAGACGGCGGCAGCGCGCAUGAAGAGCUCUUUCUUUCUCUAAGCCGUUUAACAAAGCGAGUGUGUAUUAACUUAUAUAUACUACUCCAUUGUGCUCAUUCUCCCGAUGUGGGACUCUAGACAUUGUCAACUUGGCAAUUUCAUUAAUAAUCUAGGCUUUAUAAUUAACCAGCCCACAACAUUUCUUUUCACAUUUCAUUAAAAAGCCAUUGGCCUUUUUAUUUGAUCCAACAUAACCACCAUCUUAUUUCUUCCUUGAUCACUUUGUAUUUCUCUAUCUCUAUGCUUCUCUUCUACUCCUUUAUGUUUCUCUCCUCCUUGGGUUCUUAUGGAGACACGAGUUCUUGACGUCACGCACCACCACGUAAUUGGUACCCACCACCGGAGUCUUGUUCUUCACCGAUCAACACCGGAUCCAUUGUAGCUGAUGAUCAUGGAGCCAUCGUUUCUCUUGUUGGUGUUGCAUAGUGGAGCCGAGACGUGGAGGAGAGACUAGAUGUUGGAGCUGCCGCACCUCAUCAUCAUGGUGGCGAUCUACGCCAUCACCAACCGUAAGCCACAGAGGAUACAGCUGACCCCAUCACGAGCACAUGUAUGGUAAGACGGAGCCAAUCUGAGAGGGUUAAGUGAAACCCUAUGCGUACCUUGCGUAUCAAGUAACCAUCCCCUAACCCUACGGUUGAUCUCUUUUGUCCUUCCUUCGUUAUAGCAUAUUUUGUGCAUUACUGAUUUGUAUUAUCUCAUGUUGUGCCAAAACGUGCAGCUGGAUUCCAUGUCACCAAAGCCGAGGGUCUAACGUCGUGUUCCAUGUCGUGAGUUUAAGUCAUUCUCAUGUUUCUUUUGCAAAAAAGUAAUAUUUUGUCCGGAACCCUAAAUACAAUCAUGUUUUUUGUUGCCUGUUUUUCCUUCCAAUCUAAUGUGCGGUUGGCGAGCGUUGAGACUGAUGGUGAAUCAAGCUAUCUUGUUUGUCGAUCUAUUUUUCCAUUUUCCGAUGUGGUUAGGGUGAGGGUGUGAUUCGUGGCAACUUAAUAAUUUGUAUUUUGGUUAUAGUUAGUUUGUUAGGAUGAAGAUUAUAUGUUAGAGUAAUUAUUUAUGGAAGGUUCAUUCUUCGUUUUUUUUUAAAUGGCAAGAUCGAAUUACUUACGUUCUUACAUUCUUAGGAUAAUUGCAUGUUAGAUUUUGUGUGAUGAGGAUAUGUUUUAAUUGAUCUGUUUAUGUGAAUGAACGUAGAAUUGAUCUUGAAUAGAAUUGGUAUGUUAAGUGGAAAACGUAAUAGAAAUUGAUUAAGGAUGAGAUGAAUGAAGGAAAGAACGAGAACAUAAAAUCUAAUCUAUUAAAAGAGGAGUACAAAAUUAGAUUAUCUCUUAGUUUUCCACUAUAUUUACAAUAGCAUGCCACUGAAGUUAUUAAUUAACCUAUCUUUUAGGAUUUUUGUCUUUUCUCUUCAAUUAAUGUAUUUCCAAAAUCAAAUUCUAACUAAAAAAUCAUGGUAACAAUAAUUAAUAAACCUAAAUUUUAAUAUUAAUUGUCUUUUCUUUUUUUUUGUUAUACAUAUGUGUGUUUGAAAAUAAUUAAUUCCAUAUAUACAUUUCAUAAUUACAUACAUUAUACGGUAAUUAUUUUACUAAUUCCACAUAUACAUAGUAAAUAGUAUACAAAAAUUUUAUUAUACAUAAUCAUAAAAUUGUGAUCCAUAAAAAUAGUUUAUACAACAAUUUUAUUAUAUAUAAUCAUAAAAUUUUGAUCCAUAAAAAAUAAAAAUACAUUUGUGUGACUUUACAUGUCAUAUUCUAAAUAAAUAGAUGAUAUAACUAAGGGUUUACAUGAUAAAAUAAAACUACUCAAUAUAAACUAUAGAAUUAUUGUGUUUAGAAAUGUCAUAUUAAAAAUAAAUUAAACGGGUAACUUUUAAAAUAUAU